UAUUGCUCAGAGCGACAUGCAGUUCGGUUCUUGUCCUGUGGAGAAGUACUUCCUUUAGGCCCUUUGGCGAAGCCACAGCACCUGGUAAAAGUACUUUUUAAAAGAGCAACAGCAACAAGAUCACUUUUGGAGUAGUCGCUAAUCUUUGGUUCUUUUCCCCACGAAUGAUAAUAAGCCGCUGGUGAGGACCUCAAAAAUGGCUCGCCGUACCGCGGACUACCUCUUGUCUGCCCCGCCUGGUCAAGGCAGCGGAGGACCAGCGUCCCAGUCAGGUAGCGAAGCGGCGCCAGCACAAUUCGCCGCGGGCUCUACAAGUACUACGGGUAGCAAUACCAGUUGCUCCUCGUCCAGUACUUCCUCUGCCGGUGUCCGUCUGUACGACCCAUACACCAGUUGGCACACCUGGAGUUUUCAGAAACGUCGCCCGACAUCGGGCACUAGCUGGAGGCAGUUCACGGGGUUCCUCACCGCAGCGGAAGGUCAUUUGACUUCUGAUCUUUCAUCUUCCCUCUCUGGAACAGUUAAGAACCCUUUGAACAAGAAUAAGAAGCUUCUGGAAAAGUUUUUGUUCUCGGUGCCAGUUGUUUCAGGACAUGCACAUGAGGACCAAGUUGGAACCCGGUCCUCUUUCGCGGAGCAGCACCAGGAGGAGAAUUUUUCUGGGGCACUAUCAAGUUCAACAUCAUCCAGAUCGAGAGACAAAGACACAGAUUCUUCAAGCAGAACCCCUACUUUCUCUUUUCCGAACCUGCACUUUCACCAGCUCACCCUGAAGUACAGCUGUCUGCCCAUUCUGUACAUGGACAGCCGGACGCCGCCCCCCUGGGAGCAGGUCCGCAGCAUGCAGUUCUUCGACGAAGACUGCCAGUUUUACCACAAGCACUACGUAAACAGCAACUUUCUCGUCGCGGCGGUGGGAUUAACACAAUUUUUCCUCGGGGAGUUUGUCGUGGGCUUCUUGUCCUGUGUCACCUCCGCUAUGGGGCUGUACGCCGUCACGCCGGAGGGGUUGACGACGGGAGGCGGGUUGCUCUCCUCGAUCGUGGUGGUUUCCGGAAUGCAGGGCGCGCUCCAAUCCAUUACCCUGGCAAACGUGUUGCUGACGCUGAAGGCCACGUCGUCGAAACACUCGCUGUUUCUCCUGCCUUUCUUGAAGUUCACCUUCGUGUUACAGCCGCUGGCCUCCUUCGCGGUGAUGUACACGGGCUUUCAACUGUUGAAAGCGGUCCGGGGCCGCCUGUUCAGCUGGCAGCCGCCAAACAUUUCCACGACGGGGGGUGCGUCGUCCCCGGGGAUGAAUCCGGGUUCUCCCGGCGGCGCAGCGGGCGAGCAGAGCGGUGUGCUGGCACCGAGGGAGCCGCCGUUUCAGCCGUUCAUGGGACAUGGGUAGUGAUGUAAGUCUAAGUGGUUGAAAUCGAAAUGCUACAAAAAUGACAAUGGCGUAGUUGUUGGUUUGCUCCAUUACGAGCUACGGGUGUAUUCUUUGCGUGUAGAAGAUUUCAAAUUCUAACUACAGUCUGUGCUGUGCUGCGAGUCACAAAAGGAACUAAUCUUUAUCAGGUUUCAGAUCGGGUCUGAAGAAGAGCGACAAAACGUGCCGACAGACGAGCAAACGCAAGCCGCGGCACCGCAGCCGCUCCAAGAACGACCAGUGACAGAAGUUAACGUAGAGCUGCAGCCGGAAACCGCUCCACCAGAGGAGGAGGAUCGACGAUCGAAAGCCACGGUGAACGAAAAUGUGAAAUCCGAAGCGGAGGACAAGUACGAAGUGAUUAAGUCCGAUCUGGACAAUGUGCCCACGAUGGAGUAGAUAGAUGGUCGUGGAUUCUUCAACUCGAUACGCUGUGCACGACCCGCCUACUAUGGAUGUACCUGUACGAUAGAAAGUAAGACUGCACGGGCACGUCCAUGUCAACACCCAGGGGAUGCAGAAAGUGAGUUCCUCUACUUCUACCUCGGGUUGCAAGCGCAGCCUCAUGUUGUGGAGGGCCUUGAUCUUGCAAAAUCAAUGUAGUUUCGACGUAGACAUUCAUUUUUCUAUUUGUAGACCGCUUAGGCAAGGCUCGUCUGUGUACCAAGUAAAAGAGAAACAGAUGCAAGCGGGACGUAUGAAAACAGAGACUCCCUCACUUUCAGAAAAUGAACACGGUUCAGAAACGAUUUGUUUCCGUGACAAGGCCGUAGGACAAUAGACGAGCCAGACAAUCAAGAAAUGGAGAAAUGACAAUAUCAAAGUCAGCG